AUGGCCUCAGACCAAAAAUUUUGGAAACCAGGACUAAAAAUGGACUGGUUCCAUUGUAACAAGUGCUUAACGACGAGAGGAUCGAAGUUUGCUGUGUCCAGCUGUGGCCACAUCUUCUGUGAAGCAUGCAUUAAAUCGAAGCAGUGCAGUGUAUGUGGAGCCAGCUGCAGUUAUUUGCCCAUCACAGAUGAGAUGAAGCCGCAAGAAAAAGUGUUUUUCCAAGAGCCUGUGAAGCUCAUCCAAUCACGACUAGAGCACAUAUCACAGAUUGCACUUUUCCAGCGAACACAGAUGGAGCUAGUCACAGCACACUUCAAGCGUAAGUCUGUUGAACUCGAAAGGCAUCUAAAGGAAGUCACAGAGCAGAGUUACAGGCAACACUCAGAGCUGAAAAGAGAGAAUGCUCACUUAAAAAAGAAACUUGCAGAGCUGCAAAGAGAGACCACGGAAUUAAAAAAGCCUCUUUCACAGAGGAGGGUUUCACCAGCACAAUUUCAAAACGAUGGUAAUCAAAGGAUUUCACUACCUAUCGCUGUCACUUCCCCAGUUACCCCUCGUUCAAGACCUAUGAGUCACAUAGGCUCAGCAGAGUCCCAGGGAUGGACCAGAGACAGAGGUCCCAGUCUCUCCUCACUCACAACUCCUGGAUCAGCAACCUCUCUCUCCAGCCAUAGUUCUCUUCAUGAACAUGGACACAGAACACCUUCUUCCUUCAGCACUCCUACAAGUUUAUGA